AGUGAAAUUUAGUGGUGACUUUAAAAUCAGUGCAUUUUAUUUGUCUGUGACUGAGCCUCCAUCUUUGGGAGUGGUGCUGUGUGAGACUCUCAAAGCACGUUUUGCACUUUUAGAGGAGACGCACUAAAACUGUAACAUCAUUAAAAAGACGCUGAAGCCAAACAAACAAAGAACAAAAUAAAAACUGUUUGUUCUCUAUGAUUGGAACUGACACGUGAAAUGUGUCGGGUUGUGUCGUCAUCAUCACUGAUUUGUUUGGAGGAGUCGAGCUUGAACGCUCUUUUGUCCCAAUUCUAAUAAUGACAACAUUAUUCAAAUAAGACUGAAGUGGUCGGGCAGAGAAUCAGCGCUGUAUCCAUGCAAACACACGCACAGCAAGCAAACCUCGGCCUUGGAUUCAAAUGAAGACGCAAACAUUUCCAAGUGCGUCCAUCUUUGCUGAUGAUGCAGCAGACACGCUGACCUCCAGUCAGGAGGAGAAGCGUGUUCUUCCACUCACAGACACUGAAGCCUGAAACCGAACGGCCCGUUUACUGCGUUUAACCUCAGUCCUAGUUUCACGGUUCGACGCCUGUGACCUCGUUUAGCUCCAGUUCACAGCUCGUUCUGCCAGACGUCAGUCUGUUUGCAUCUGUACUAACUUUGAAUAAGUCAUCUUCAGUUAAACGACUCUGAGCAUCUUUAAUCAAAUGCACUUUAAUCAAAUGCACUGGGCUGCUUUCUAAAACCACUUUUACAAAGUCUCUGGUGGACGUGGGAGGAGGAGCGAGGAUGACAUUUCUAUCAGAUGAAGAGUUCUGACUGUGUCACAGCUGCACAGACGUCUCAUCGUGUCGGUUUUUCAGCUCUCAGUCAUGAAGAGGUGUGGACUGAUCCUGCUGUUGCUCUCAGGUUACGUGAUGGUCUGCCAUCUUCAGUCUGAUCAGUUAGUCAGACAGCUCCACCUUGUUGACCUGCAGAAGUCCUGGAACGAUGCUCAGCAAUACUGCAGAGAUGAGUACAUUGACCUCGCCAUCGUUAACAGCUCAGCUCUCAUCCAGGAAGCUCAGAAAAGGGCAGGGAGCACCGAGGCGUGGAUUGGACUCUCCAGGAGCGGCUGGAAAUGGUCUCAAACUGGUCCAGUUCAGUCAUCCUGGUUUAACAUGUGGUCACCGGGACAGCCAGGGACUGAUGAGUGUGUGAUAUUAACUGGAUCUGGAUCAUGGUCCACAAGACCGUGCUCAGCUACUUAUUACUUUGUCUGCUAUGACGCUGCGACUAACAAACGCAUCCUGGUGAGGAACUCAAUGACCUGGUCUGAUGCUCAGUCUUACUGCAGACAGACGUACACAGACCUGAGCACCAUCACCAACACGCAGGACAACAGCCAGGUCGCUUCUAUGAUGCCAUCUUAUUAUGAAGCCUGGAUUGGACUGUACAGAAAAUACUGGACGUGGUCAAACUCGAGCACAGCCUCCAACCUGCCGUGGGGGCCCGGGCAGCCUGAUAACAGC